CUACUUUUCUGACUUUUCAAAUAGCGAGUUGCGUUUGGAUGUCCGGAUUGGGAAAUACCACCAUCUACUACGCGAUGUGACUCUUGAGAUGGUAUUCGGGUACCGCGUCUGGAGAGCUCCAGUCGCUGACAGCUGCCUGGCCGAAGGCCUAUAAAGCGGUGCUCCUCCUCUCCUGUCUCUUGUUUCUUCUUUCUCUCAUCAUCUCAAAUGUCUAUGAACAAGAAGCAAGACCAAGCCUCAAGGAAAGAAGAUCUUUACACUUCUUACGCAAACUACUUGAAGACGUUCAACAACUCCACCAACAAAAACACAAAGAUGUCAUCGACACUCGUCAACGACACCGACAAUCAACAAGGUCCCUUCUGGGACUUUGUCAAUGAGCUCCAGGACCAAGGUCCUACUCAUCCCUGGCCUUCCCAAUGCCUGGAGAGAUGCCCGUAUCUGGACGAUGCCACAUCGCGGAAGAAACGGCCGUGCUCACGGGUGGGGUCAUGGCGGGGGUCCUGGUCAACGUGGUCAGGAAGUCCCCGUUCAAGACGAUGAAGACAUGUUGACCCCGACCUCCUCCGACGGCGAGCCUGUACCGCCUACUGCUCCUGAUCACCAUCGUCAUCAUGGUGGCCGGCGAGGCGGCGCCCGAGGAUUUGGCAAGGGCAGAGGAGGUUUCGGCGGCCGAGGCCGUGGCGGACCUCAUGGUCAUGGCCCACAUGCUCAUCAUCACCAUCAUCAUCACCACACAGGCGAUGAGAAUGGACUCUCUGGUGACGAGAUGUGUCGUGGUCCACCCGGCAUGGGUGGCCGCGGGCGUUUCGGUGGCCGCGGAGGUGGUGGCCAUGGAGGUCGUGGUCGCGGUCGGGGCUGUGGCAUGGGUCGCGGAGGCGGUGGUGACGGAGCUUCUCGCGACAUCGACAACGACAAAGCAGGCGAAGUCGAGGAGACAUCUCGCACUGCUUCUGCGGAGCCAAUCUGUCGUCGCCCAGCAGGCAUGCGUCAUCUUGGCCCGCUGCCCGCCAAUCCUGAGCACAACGACAAAUUCACUCCGGAAACCGACUUCUUCAACCACCCCGAGGCAUACAUCGUCCAUGUCUCGCUUCCCGGAGCAAAGAAGGAAGAUAUCGAAGUCAACUGGGUGGCGGAGAGAUCCAUUUUACGCAUUACCGGCGAGGUCAAGCGCCCCGCGGAUGAGGAUGUGCUGAAGAACAUGAUCACCGACGAACGCAAGGCUGGGAAGUUUGAGAGGAGGAUUCGUCUGGGCAACUGGGUCAAUCCGGCUUCGGUGGAUGUUGAUGGAAUUACGGCCAAGCUUGAGGAUGGAAUUUUGAGGGUUGAGGUGCCGAAGCUGGAGGCGGAAUUUGUGGAGAUCAAGAAGGUGGAUAUCAAUUAGAUCGUCAGGGAGAAUUGGGGAAUUUGACCGUAUUCAUUGUUACUGAUUUGGUUCGGGAGUUGGGGGCUGGAAUUUGAGCUUAGAAUAGAUACA